AUGUAUUCGAGGAGGGGGAAGCGAGGUUGGCCGAGACGCCGGACAUCUUGGGCCAACAGGUGUGCCAUCGUGGCCCUCGGCGUAAUUGUGCUGACGGCCCUCACGCUAUCCUCUCUCGGACCCAAGGCAGCGCCUGUAGGGCCAGAAUACAGAUUCAGUCCUCACGGCCGUAGCAUCCCUUUCGCUCGGCGUACGCAUGGCGAUGCGGCCCCGCGAAAGGGCGCGGAGGCCGCUGGUGGUUUCCGCUCCGCCGUAUAUUUUGUCAACUGGGCAAUCUACGCCCGCAAGUACUCGCCACAGGAUCUGCCUGUGGAUAAACUGACGCACGUCCUCUACGCGUUUGCGGGGGUCAAUCCGUCGAGCGGGGAGGUGAGCCUCACGGACAGCUGGUCAGACGUCGAGAAGCAUUUCCCGGGCGACUCGUGGGACGAUGCCAGUAGCGGAAACAACGUGUACGGCUGCGUCAAGCAGCUGUUCCUCCUUAAGCAGAAGAACCGGAAUCUCAAGGUACUCCUCUCCGUCGGGGGAUGGGCCGACUCCCGCAACUUCGUCUGCCCAGCUAGCUCGGACGCGGGCAGAGCCAGGUUUGCAAAGAGCGUGGCCGCGCUGGUCCUUGACCUCGGCUUCGACGGCAGGUCCCCCCACCCUCCCUCCGUGAUAUGCGGCGCUGACUCUCCCCUCCAGGCGUGGACAUCGACUGGGAAUACCCGGAGGGUAGGUGUCCCCACCGCCAGGGACCUUGUGCGGCUGCUCGGCGCAGUUAGGAAGGCCCUCGACGGCGCCGGAUCCCGUGGUCGUCGAUUCCUUCUUACGGCAGCAGUUCCCGCCGGCCCGGAGAACUUCAAGAAGCUUCUGCUGUCGGAGAUGGCUCCGCUCCUCGACUUUUUUAACCUGAUGGCGUACGACUACGCGGGGAACUGGCCCGGAUCGGCGGUGGCUGGCCACCAGGCUAACCUGAAACGCUCGGCGGGCAGGCCAGGGUCGACGCCGUUCUCGUCGUCCGCCGCGGUAGACUACUACAUCCGCCAGGGCGGGGUUCCGCCGUCCAAGAUAGUCCUCGGUAUGCCGCUGUACGGCAGGGCAUUCGCCAACACGGACGGACCGGGCUCCCGGUUCCGCGGCAGCGGCGACGGAUACAGCUGGGAGAAGGGGGUUUGGGACUACAAGGUCCUCCCGCGACCGGGGGCCAGAGAGUACAUGGAAUCAGCGUCCAGCGGAGGGGCGGGCGCGUCCUGGAGCUACGACGCCGGCCGGCGUCUGAUGGUUUCCUACGACACGGCGCCGAUGGUGGCGGAGAAGGCCCGGUACAUCGUGGACGCGGGGCUCGGCGGCGCGAUGUGGUGGGAGGCGAGCGGUGAUAGGGGCGGGCGUAACGGCACGGCGGCCGACGGGAGCCUAAUCGCAACAUAUGUAGAAUACGUCCUGUCAAGACAAUCUAAGGGGCUCGAGAACGUUAACAACGUGCUGGAAUUCCCCGAGAGUCGGUACGCGAACCUGAAUGCCGGGUUUCCCAACGGGUGA